AUGAAAAUAGAAGUCAGUUUUCUGCUAAAAAAUACAGGAGAUAAUUUAUCAACAGUGACAAGUGUUGAUGAUGAUGCAGCAUCUGAGCAGCUUAGUAAAGGUUUGAAAGAUGUGGAUAUUGAAGUGAAAGAUGUUAAUUCUGUUCGUGAAGGAAAUCAUUUCGAUGUUGGUUAUUAUAUAUUUAUCAAAUCACAAAUUAAUGAUGAUCUAAAAUGUUCGUUAUUAACUAAUCACUUCAAACCAGAUAACAAGUACAAAUUUCAAGCAUUGAAAGGAGAAGACCGAAAUCGUUAUUAUUGUAUUACUUGUGCAUUAUUUCCCAACGUAUUCGGUCAACCAUUAAGUAUUUCUGCUGAAACACCCUGUUUUCUAUAUAAACAUUUAAAAAAUUAUUCAGAAAUAGUUAAUGGCCACUCAAAAUCACAAUUUCAUAGAGGAUCAGCGAUGUAUGCUGAUAGUUUUCGCGGUACAUUUGAACAACCAUCAUUAUUAAUCGUUGCAUUGAUUGAUAAAGAACGGGCUGAAUUAAUUGAACGUACUAAAGCAGUACUGUUAUCAGUUAUUAAAAUUGUUAUCACUUGUACUCGACAAAAUAUGCCAUUACGUGGUCAUCAUGAAGAAAAAUUAAUUGAUAUACGUAAAACAUUAAAUUGUGUAGAUUCAUCAUCCGAUUCUAAUUGCAUAGCUUUAUUAAAACAACGUGUUAAUUCAGAAGAAAACGUCAUUUAG